GAUCGGUACUAGUUCCGUUCUCGUAUUUCCUUGGAGAGAUGAAAUGUCCCGUUUUUACACGAAAAAUUUGAUCUGAUUCGCGACUCAUCCUCUGUUUGUCGACCGACAAGUAAACAAGUGAAAAGCGGCAACGAAUCACCGCAGUUUAUAAACAGAGGCAACAAUAACGACCACGAUGGAUAAAAGACCAGCUGACAGUCGUCGAGAUCAAACAUCUCAACAAAAAUCAGGUCACAGCAGCAACACUGCCAACAGCAACAGCAAUAACUCGCAUAAUCAUCAUAAUAAUCGCUAUUAUAUCAAAAAAAGUAAACGACGAAAUAGCAAAAAGGGAACCGGAAGCUCGCCUCAGACAGGUGAAUUAUCGCAAUGUGUUGAGCCGCGCCAACAGCAGGAGCAGCAGCAAUUAAACUCACAGCAAAAAAGCUACAUCUCUGCGCUUGCGAAUUCCGCAGCUGAGACGGACUACGGUAAAAUUUAUUGGCAACAGUCGCCGCUCCAGCAACAACUACGGGCUACCCAAAACAGCCAGCGACUCUUCACAGCCGCUUCGGAUCCAGCAGUUUGCGGCUAUUCACCGAUGCCUCUGACCUACGCAAUGGAGCCCGUUUCCUUGCCGCCCAUGUAUCAGCUCUUUCAGCCAGUGCCGAGGCCCAGUUAUCACAGCUAUCACGGCAGGGGGAAGCAAAAUCACGCUCAGGGUGCAUCCGCCAUCUUAGGAGGAAAAAUGACGCCGCCGUUCAACCAUCUCAACGGAUAUUCAAGUCUGCAAGAGAAUAACGUCGGCUAUUCGACAGGCGUUGGCUAUCAAAACGGGGAUUACACCAGCCUGCCGCCUGCUGCUAACAUCCAAAAUGGCGUCGCUGCUCAAGAAUUAGGAUCUGAACAUAGGAGGUACUCCGAUCCUGGACUUGGACCUCUCGAAAUACCUAAAUUUGGCAAGAGCGAUGACUCGGAAUCAAUUGAUAGCGGGAGUUCUGGUACUACUGUUGGAAGAAGCAAUAAACUCGUCCUUUCGCUGAUUGAACAGGUGACAGCAUUGAAGGAGAGCAAUAGCCAGCUAUUCAAAGAACUUCAUCAAACCAAAGCCGAACUAGAAACUGUGAAAAUGGAAUUGACCAGAUUAAAACAAAGCAGUUUCGCCGAUUAUCAACCCGGAAUGUUAUCAGAUAUUGUCAGGGAAAUGAGAGAGGCGGCAAAAGUACGCGAGGAAUCGUUAAUAUCAAAAGUAAAAUCAAUGAUGAACGAAAAACAGCCAUUUUCAUCAAUCCCCGAUACGUCGACGACGGAAUUGGAUGAGUUGAAGAAUCAAUUAGCGCGGAUUACUGACGAGAAGACAAAGACUGAAGUCCGGCUUGCCAAAGUUGAGCAGGAAUUAGCUGCCCUCAAAUCAAGCGCUAACGACGAGGGUCAGGAGAUAGUCGCACUCGAAGAAGAGACGCUGGCCUUGCGUCGGGAGCUACAGGAGGCGAUGGCGUCGAGAAAUAAGGCCCAAAAUCAGGCAUCAAAACUGGAACAAUUGGUCGGAAUACUUCGGAAGAAGACGAACGGUUCUAGCGUCGAAGAUAUCGAAGCGGGUCCCGGUAUCAGGCAUCUCGUUACAUCGUCGUCGACGACGAUGACUGCAACUUCGAUGAACGAUAACAUCCACGAGACGACGACGACGACGACGACGAUUUCUGACGGAAACAGCAGCAGUGCCGAUCCCCGUUCACCGGUCAGCUCGAUUAGUCUUAACAAUUCUUCAUCGGGUGACGAAUCCUCCGCUUUUGAACCACGCCCCAAAAUGCCUACGGAAGCUAAUGCUAAUAAUAAAACGACUGGUACCAGCGAUAAUUGCGGUUCAAUAAACUUUACUACCAGCUUGAACAGUUCCGGACCUGUUACGGAUCUUUAGUUAAUUACCGUAGUAUUCGAAUCACGGAUACGACAAUUGGAGUCUAGUUAUGUUGUCGAUUAUGGGUUCUUUUACAUCAGGGCUGGUCGUGAGUCAUUGUCAUAUUUUUGCCAGCUUAUUUUGACAUUUCAACAUAUUUUCGAUCACUUGGUUCGUUAUAGCUAAUGACUCUUCUCCCUGUGCCUCGAUUAGGUUUCUUGAUUCAAGUCAAGUUUAGGUAUUGCAUUGUUUUUUUUCCUGUCUUGUUCUCAUUGUCAAUUAAACUGCAUUACCGAUACAAUUUUAAUAAACUUUUUCAUAUCGAGUAACUUACCUACCUAUAAUGUAACCCACUUUUCGUAAGUCAGGUUACUUAUCGUCGUUAUAAUUACAAUUCAACUCGUUUCUUUUUUCUUUUUUCUUUUUUGUUUUUUCCAACCCAAGUGCAUUCUUUGAAUUUUUGCAACUCAAGUCACUGAAUUAUUUUUUUCAAUUCAAGUGCCUUACUUCAACGUAAUCCACGUUUUGCAAUUCAAGUUACUACUUACCAUUGAUACAAUUUCAAUUCAACUCAUUUCUUCUUUUCAACCCCAGUAAAUUGUGUGAUUGAAUUUUUGCAAUUCAAGUCACUGAAUUCUUUUUUCUUUUUUUUUUCAAUUCAAGUGCCUUACUUCAGUGUAACUCACGUUUUGUAAUUCAAGUUACUUACCGUUACUGCAAUUUCUAUUCAACUCGUUUCUUUUUUUUUCUUUUUCCAACCCAAGUACAUCGUUUAAUUCAAGAUUCGAGUCUUUUUCAAUCAGCGUUUCAUUUAAAUCGCAAUCAAGGGUUUUCAAUUCAAGUCACUGUUUGUUAAAUUCACGUCACCAGUAUUUUCUUCAAGUAAAUUAUUUCAAUUCGAAUCGGGAUUCAAGUCUGUCAUUUCGACGCAAAUCAGUUCCACAAUUCCAAAGUCGCUGUAUUUCAAUUCAAGUAACUUGAUACAGUUCAAAUUACAAUUCAAGUCAGUCGUUCCAUUCAAAUCUUUUAAACAAUUUGUGCCACUUAUUCGAAUUCAAAUAUAUUCCCAUACGGUCAAGUUGAUGACUUUCUACUUACCUGCAGCCCUGUGAGUACAAGUCCUGACAAAUCUAACGAAUUCUAUCCGAUUCUUUUUUUCAUAGUCCGAACCAAUAGCUAAUAUAUAUAUUAUAUUGUACUUUUCUCAUUUGCAAUUGUACUUAAACCCCCUCCAUAUAUAAUUUAUUACAGUUUAUACUUAUACACACAUCUAAGUGUUUGUAUAUAUACACGUGGUCGAUUUGAAAAUUCUGUAUAAUGUACAAUAACUUAUCGUACGUAAAACAGCGCAGAUCUUUUUUUUUUUUUCUUUAUCCUCCGAGGCGAAUAUAUGCAUUGAAUAUUUUAGUCUCGUAAUCCUUGCUCAUUUAUCAUUAACAGUAUUGUUUUUUAUUAUUUUAUUUUUUUUUUUUAUCUGUCUGUUUUCAAUAUCAAACAUUUUUGUCGAAAGCGUUUUGUGUUACUUCGAACAACGUAUUCUCAUCUCUAGGUUAUAUAAAUCAGGGUACAUAACUUGCAAUAUAGCCGUUUCUAGGUAUACUAAUAUAAGAAUAAUACAGUGAAAAUAGGAAUGAAAUUAGACGACUUUUUUCUCUUGUCUAGUUUUGAUAAAACAAUUAUUACGGUAGAAAACAACGCAGAUCUUUUUACAAAUUAAUUAUAAAUUCCACGUAUUAUUUAAACUUUAUAAUAAUACCGUUUCUCACAGCAUGUAUUCAGCCUGAUAAUGACAAUUACAAUUAAAGCCUUGGCACGUAUUUUGGAUAGCAUAAAUACGUAUAAGUAUAAUAAUAAUCGUUGUAUAAAUUCAUAGUAUUGUUUAUAGAAUCAAAUUUAUCGAAUACGUAUUAUAAAUAAUUAAUAUUUUAUACUCACUGACGAAUUUUUCCUCGUUACUUGAUUUCCAUUAUUAUUACAUCAGAAAUAGCGUAAAUAUUAUCGUUACGUAAACGCGAAUUAAUUCUAUAAGGAUCAUUUGUAUUUGGUACUUAUCUUAAUAUAUGUAACGUGGAUACAGGAUACGUAUAUAUAUAUAUACAUAUAUAAUUGUCUAGGAUAUAAAAGUUCUUGAAUCUCAAAGUGCCAUUAUUAUAAUUAUAAUCGUUAUUACUAAUUGUACGUCGGUAAUUUAUUACUGUAGGUUUAAUCAUACUUUUGGAAAAAAAAAACUAACGGAAACACAGCCUGAAAAUAGAUU